AUUCCUGAACGCUCUCACGCAGAUCCGCCGGCGUACCGCACCGCAUGCUGCUGUUGCUUAGUUUCAUGGAACAAGAGCAAGGGUGGAUCAACGUCUGUUGACUUUAAGCCACCAGAGCUGCUACUUUUGAUAUUAGCAUCUUACUUUAUUUUUUGAAUCCUCCUUAUAACUCUAUAGCGGUUUAGCUAGUUAGCGAAAACAUGUCCGUUGUAGGUUUUGACGUCGGGUUUAUGAACUGCUAUGUAGCAGUAGCCAGAGCCGGAGGGAUUGAAACUGUCGCUAAUGAAUACAGCGACCGAUGUACACCAGCGUGUGUUUCAUUUGGACCCCGGAAUCGAUCUAUUGGUGCAGCUGCAAAAAGUCAGGUUGUCACAAACUGCAAGAAUACAGUCCAAGGGUUCAAGAAGUUUCACGGCAGAGCCUUUUCAGACCCGUAUGUCCAGUCCCUCAAAAGCAGUCUGGUCUAUGACAUUGCACAGAUGCCGACAGGAACGACAGGCAUCAAGGUGAUGUACAUGGAGGAGGAGAAGGUGUUCAGCAUUGAGCAGGUCACUGCCAUGCUGCUGACCAAGCUAAAGGAGACGGCUGAGAGUGCACUGAAGAAGCCUGUGGCAGACUGCGUUGUCUCCGUUCCUUGCUACUACACCGACGCUGAGAGGAGAUCAGUGAUGGAUGCAGCUCAGAUCGCUGGACUCAACUGCCUGAGGCUUAUGAAUGAAACAACUGCAGUUGCAUUGGCAUAUGGGAUUUAUAAACAGGAUCUCCCUGCUCCCGAGGAGAAAGCCAGGAAUGUUGUGUUUGUGGACCUGGGCCACUCUGGAUAUCAGACAUCAGUGUGUGCUUUUAAUAAGGGCAAGCUCAAGGUCCUUGCCACAGCCUGUGAUCAGCUGUUGGGAGGAAAGGAUUUCGACGGAGUCUUGGUGAACCAUUUCUGCGAAGAAUUUGGGAAGAAGUACAAACUUGAUGUAAAAUCCAAGCCCAGGGCUCUGGUGAGGCUCUACCAGGAGUGCGAAAAGCUGAAGAAACUGAUGAGCGCCAACUCCUCUGACCUGCCGUUGAACAUCGAGUGCUUCAUGAACGACAUCGACGUAUCUGCACACCUGAACAGGGGUCAGUUCGAAGAGAUGUGUGUUGGUAUUUUGGCCCAAGUCGAACCUCCUCUGCAGAGCCUGUUAGAACAAGCCAAGCUGAAAAAGGAAGACAUCUAUGCAGUAGAGAUAGUUGGUGGAGCUUCCAGAAUCCCAGCUGUCAAAGAGAGGAUCAGCAAAUUCUUCGGGAAGGAGUUGAGCACCACCCUGAAUGCUGAUGAAGCAGUGGCCAGAGGAUGUGCCCUGCAGUGUGCAAUACUUUCCCCUGCCUUCAAAGUCAGGGAAUUUUCCAUCACAGACGUCGUUCCGUAUCCAGUCUCUCUGAAGUGGCAUUCGGCUGCAGAGGAAGGUCUAAGCGACUGCGAGGUGUUUCCUAAGAACCAUGCAGCACCGUUCUCCAAAGUACUCACCUUCUACCGGAAGGAGCCUUUCUCUUUGGAGGCCUACUACAGCAGUCCUAAUGAGCUGCCUUAUCCUGAUCCUACUAUAGGCCAGUUUCUGAUCCAGAAGGUUGUCCCACAGGCAUCAGGAGAGAGCUCAAAGGUGAAAGUCAAGGUCCGGGUGAAUAUUCACGGUAUCUUCAGCGUUUCCAGCGCCUCCCUGGUUGAAGUGCAGAAGUCCGAUGAGGCAGAGGAGCCCAUGGAAACGGAGCAGGCUUCUGACAAAGAUGGAGAGACUAAGAUGCAGACUGAUCAGGACGCACAGCCGGCCCAGGGGGACGCUCAGAAACAAACGGAAGACAAGACGCCAAAUGAGAAUGAAGAAAUGGAGACUAGCACAGAAGAGAACAAAGGUGAGAAAAAGUCCGACCAGCCCCCACAAGCCAAAAAGGCCAAAGUCAAAACAAAAGUGCUGGAGCUUCCCAUUGAAAACAGCCCACAGUGGCAGCUAGCGAACGACAUGCUCAACCUUUUUGUGGAAAAUGAGGGUAAGAUGAUCAUGCAAGACAAGUUGGAGAAAGAGAGGAACGAUGCAAAGAAUAAUGUAGAGGAGUACGUGUAUGACAUGAGGGACAAACUGCAUGGCCUGCUGGAGAAGUUCGUCAGCGAAUCUGACCGAGACGCUUUGUCAUUAAAGCUGGAGGACACUGAAAACUGGCUUUAUGAAGAUGGAGAGGACCAACCCAAACAGGUUUACAUUGACAAACUCGCAGAGCUGAAGAAACUUGGGCAGCCCAUCAUGGACCGGUUUAUGGAGGCUGAAGAAAGACCCAAAGCUUUUGAGGAGUUGGGGAAACAAAUUCAGCAGUACAUGAAAUUUGUGGAGGCCUACAAAAUGAAGGAUGAGCAGUACGACCAUUUAGAUGAGGCAGAUGUCACCAAAGUGGACAAACUGAACAACGACGCAAUGAUCUGGAUGAACAGCACCAUGAACCAGCAAAGCAAGCACAGCCUAGCUGUAGAUGCCCCUGUUAAAGUGAAAGACAUCAAAGCAAAAACAAAGGAGCUGUUCUCCACUUGUAACCCUAUUGUGACCAAGCCCAAGCCAAAGGUGGAGGUCCCCAAGGAGGAGACGCCUGCAGAGCAGAACGGUCCCGUCGGAGACCAAGAGAAGACCCAGGAGCCGACUGCAGAUAAGGGAGCAGCUGAGAACACAGGCAACCCAACCUCAGAAACUACAGAGAACAAGCCUGACAUGGACCUUGACUAAAACAGCCACGAGAGCCUCCUGAAGCAAGCUGAACAGGGGCCGAUUGAGUCAGACUGAAAUGCGGCCUGGCGGUGUUUGUCAAAGCUGGGGACGUGUUUCAGGAACUGCACUUUGAGAGUAAAAAAGCAGACAGGGCAGUGAGCACACUGAGCUUAGCUCAUAGUGGCACAUCUAUCUGACAUAGCAUGCCCUCUCUCUUUCUGGAUGACCUAAAUCAAAAGCCAGCUGCAAUUACUCUGUUUUGACAAUGACCGCUGUACACAUGAUGAUAUUUAUUUCUGUUGUGUGCUCUGUAACUGUUCUGGUCUGUGUCACAACCUGGUUUUAAUAAAGUGGUUGAAAAUCUCUCACAA